UCUUCAAGUACGGUUCGCACAAAUGGAUUCAAAUUCUAAAGUCUAUACUUUCGAUGAAGUUGCAAAACACAACCACGAGAAAGAUUGCUGGCUUAUCAUCUCUGGUUUUGUGUAUGAUGUAACUUCUUAUUUACCGGAUCACCCAGGUGGCGGUGAGCUUUUGGUAUUGGCUGUGGAAAAAGAUGCGACAUUUGAUUUUAAGAGUGUUGGACAUAGUGAAUCAGCUAAAGAGAGGAUGAAAAAGUAUCAGAUAGGUAAAAUCGACCCGUUGACUCUCCCGACGGAACAGAAACACGUGGAAACUACUCCACACAAACCAACUCCGAGUCUACUUUCCUUUUCGCCUUUACAUGUUCUAAUUCCUCUAUUGCUCUUGGUGUUGGCUUUUGCUUUUCCCUAUUUGAAAAUUAAGGCCUAAAAAUAAAAUUAGAUUCGUCUUUAAUUUGAAUAAAAAUUUGAAGCUUACAUUGACCAUUGAUGUUCAUUUAGUUUGUACCUUUUUAUUUUCUAUUAUUAUUAUUAUCAUUUAGGUUUGAUAUGAAUUUGUAACAUUGUUG